AUGUCCCCCUCGCUUGUUCACCAAAUUCUUGCUAUCACUCAUCCAUAUGUUGAAUAUUUGGAAGAAAACAUUACUAAAUGGUAUAUCCUAGUACCAGGUAUUCUUAUUGUGUUAAAUGUGUUAACAACUCUUCAUACAAAGUAUUUGGAAUACAAAUUUAAUGCAAAGCCUGUCACAAACUUCAUUCAGGAUUACACUUUUGGUGUCAUAACUCCAUUGAUUUUGAUCUACUACAAGUCUCAAGGUACAGUAAUGGAAUUCGCCAAUAAUUUUUGGAACUUCAAAUUUCUCAUCAAAAACCCAGAUGUAGGAACAGGUGAGCUUAGAAUAUUUGGUAUGCAUUUAAUUGAAACCAAGGACCCGGAGAAUAUCAAGGCGGUAUUGGCUACCCAAUUUAACGAUUUCUCUUUGGGCACUCGUCAUGGCUUUUUGUACUCAUUGUUAGGUGAUGGUAUUUUUACAUUGGACGGUGCUGGCUGGAAACAUAGUAGAUCUAUGUUGAGACCACAAUUUGCUAGAGAACAAAUCGCUCAUGUCAAAAUCUUGGAACCACAUAUGCAAGUGUUUUUCAAACACAUUAGAAAGAACAAGGGGAAAACAUUUGACAUCCAGGAGUUAUUUUUUAGAUUGACAGUUGAUUCUUCUACAGAAUUUUUGUUUGGUAGUUCAGUUGAGUCUUUGAGAGAUGAAACCAUCGGCAUGUCACCUAGUGUGAAGAAUCUUGCUGGCCGAGAUGAAUUUGCUGAUGCAUUUAAUUAUUCACAAACUAUCAAUGCCUACAGAUUCUUGUUGCAACAAUUUUAUUGGUUGUGCAAUGGGACUAAGUUUAGAAAGUCAAUUGCUGCUGUGCACAAGUUUUCUGAUUUUUAUGUUCAAAAGGCUUUGAGUUUAAGCCAAGAUGAAUUAGAUGAACAAAAAGGGUAUGUUUUCUUGUAUGAGUUAGCCAAACAAACCCGUGAUCCAAAAGUGUUAAGAGAUCAGUUAUUGAACAUUUUAGUGGCUGGAAGAGACACAACUGCUGGUUUGUUGUCAUUUGUGUUUUUUGAAUUGGCCAGAAACCCAGAAGUAUAUGCCAAGUUGAAAGAAGAAAUCUACAAUAAGUUCGGGUCCGGCGAGGAUGCUCGUAUUGAUGAAAUCACAUUUGAGUCUUUAAAACAAUGUGAAUACUUGAAAGCUGUUAUCAACGAGAGUUUGAGAUUGUACCCAUCAGUGCCACACAAUUUUAGAACUGCUACUAGAAAUACCACUUUACCAAGAGGUGGUGGUCCAGACGGUAUGUCACCUAUAGUUGUUAAAAAGGGUCAAUCAGUUAUGUACACAGUUUUGGUAACACACAGAGAUACCAAAACUUAUGGAGCUGACGCUAACGAAUUUAGACCAGAAAGAUGGUUUGAACCAGAAACUAGAAAAUUGGGAUGGGCUUAUGUCCCAUUCAACGGUGGUCCAAGAAUUUGUUUAGGUCAACAGUUUGCUUUGACUGAAGCUUCUUACGUUACUGUUAGAUUACUUCAAGAGUUUGAGCAUUUGACUAUGGAUGCAGAAACUCGCUACCCUCCUAAAUUAAUGAAUAGUUUGACUCUUUCCCUCUUAGAUGGGGCAAAUGUUGAAAUGUAUUAA